AGAGAAUUUGGUAUUGGCUACACCCUCUAUGUGACUCCACUUUUACGCAAUACAAUAAAUAGGGAGCCUGGCUUUCUCACUUCAUUCAAAGUGAUCAGGUGCAAGGAGCUGUGACCUGUCCUGCAGGCUUUGACCAUCGCUCUCCAUUAUGAACAGUCUACUUAUUUGUGUCUUACUGAGCCUGGUUACCACAGGGCUCUGUCUGCAAUGUAUAGAAUGCACAAACACCUCUUCAUUCUGCAGCGGUCCAGUGGUGAAUUGCACUGCAGGAAAAGUAUGUGUGUCUGCACUUACACAAAUGACACCUGCUGCUGGAGACCAAACGCAAACCUUUGAGAGAAGCUGUGGGUAUGCUGAUCAUUGUAAUGCAUAUGGAAGUAUGUCCAGCUUCAUCACCACUGAAACACUUAGCACGUGUUGCAAUGCAAACUCCUGCACACCGCCCACACCUACCUUAAAUUAUUCAAAAAAGGUCCAAAAUGGCAUUCAGUGUCCAGCCUGUCUUGCCCAUGACAUAGACCAGUGUCCUACCCAAGCAGUCAAAAACUGCACCAACAGUGAGGAAUACUGCGUGGAAUAUGAGGUGACAAGUGACCAGGGAAAAACGGUUAUCAUGGGCUGCGCAAGCAAGAACUUCUGUGCCACAGCUCACAGCCAGAAGCUUGUAGAUGGCAAAGUGACAGCAGUAUCGGCAGUAUGUUUCCGAGCUAGUAGUGGUGCUCUGAGAUACCAAAUAUACAACCUUCUUCCUUUUCUGCUGCUCUGUCAGAUGAUUGCUGUUCUCCCAUCAGUAUAAAGGACGAGCACAAUGUGAAAUGGUCAAUAAGUUGCGAUUUGAGUAGAGCUGUAACCAGAAGUCGAAGGAUCACUUGCUGGCCUGUGUAGCUAUUAAUGGAAAUAAAAUGCUUUUGAAAACUUG